AUGGACAAAUUCCUUCAGAAAACACAAGCGCGAGCAACGCGUUCAAGCGCAAUCAAUGCAUCGCAAAAGUUCUUAUCCCAGUUGGAGCCUGAAGAUGAUAAGAAUUCCGUAACUAAGAAUCGCGCGGCUAAGCGCCCCUCACCUUCUCGCGACGAAGACUUUGACGCGUCUGAGAGAGACGCGACGCCAGAAAACGAUGUCAAGCUGCCUGUAGCAAAGCGACGGAAAACGCAGCUCGCAAGAGGAGGCAAAAAUGCAAACUCCAAGAUUCAUGAGACUCUGUUCUCAAAUGAAGGGGAGACAUGCCAAACCCCAUGCAUCCCUCCGUCAAGGCAUCAUCCUCUCUCAUAUCACCGACCCCUAUUGCUCAAAGAGUCUUCCUCUCGCCGGGCACUUCUCAGCUGGUUUGACGGCGUGAGUACAAAGCGUUCGAUGCCAUGGCGCAAGCCCUGGAUAAAUCCAAAGGAUCAUGGCCAGACAGAACUCCGUAAACUCCUGGAACGACGAGCUUAUGAGGUCUGGAUCAGCGAGAUCAUGCUGCAGCAGACGCGAGUUGCUGUGGUCAUAGACUACUGGAACAGAUGGAUGGAAAAGUGGCCCACGAUCCACGAUCUCGCUUCUGCAAGCGCCGAUGAUGUUCUCAGUGCCUGGCGUGGCUUGGGAUACUACAGUAGAGCAACUAGAAUUCACGAGGCGGCAAAGCUUGUAGUGAACGAUUCUACUAUGGAAGGACUGUUGCCUUCCUGCACUCAAGAUCUCGAGGCAAAGGUUCCUGGUGUUGGGCGAUACACUGCCGGUGCCAUUUCAGCUAUUGUCUUUGGACGAGCUGCGCCGAUGGUUGAUGGAAACGUUUUACGCGUGCUAAGCCGACAACUUGGGCUGUUCGGCAACGUAAAAACCAACAAAGUCGUGAUCGAUACCCUAUGGGCCGCUGCCGAUGCUUUGGUCAAAGCUAUUGCGCGAGAUAGUGAUACUCAAAGCGACGAAGAAGUCGAAACAACCGAUCGCCCUGGACGAUGGGGACAAGCACUCAUGGAAUUGGGAAGCACAAUCUGCAUACCCAAGCCAAACUGCUCCGAGUGCCCCAUUACUUCGACCUGCCGUGCGUACGCCGAAGGACAAACGUUGAUCCCAAGCAAAGAUCGUGAUGCAAAGAUUGGGGACAUUGAAGAUUUGUGCGACCUCUGCGAGCCCUUUGAAGAUUCAACGGCUCCAGACGAGCCAGAGGUCAAGGUGGAAGCCAAGGCCUCCAAAAAGGCCAAGGCAAAUGGAGGACAAGGCAAGCAGAUGACCUUGGCCGCAUUUGCCUUCAAGGGACCAUCUGGAGAUAAGAAGGCUUCCACGAAAGUGGAAACAGGUCCAGGUCCUCGAGAUAUGGAGAUCAUUGUCGAUCACGCACGCAAAUUCCCGCUCAAAGUCAUCAAAAAGGCAGUCAGAGAAGAAGAGACAUUAGUCUGCGUGAUUCGCCGCGGUGACGGGCAAUAUCUGGUUCAGAAACGUCCAGAGAAGGGACUUCUGGCUGGCCUAUGGGAAUUUCCUAGCUAUAUUCUUGAAGACCGGAAAGAGGGUAACACGCCGGUGAAGCGAAGAUCGAAGGCAUCGUCAUACGUUUCCAAGCUGGCAGGUGAGCACGGAGGCAAGGCAGUGAAACCUAAACAUGUGGAGGAGCUUGGCAGUGUACCAUGGCUUUUUUCUCAUUUGAAGCUUACGAUGCAUGUGCACUUGUUCACCCUCGAAGAUGGUGGCUUGAAUGACACAAAGUCGCUUGCUUCAAGUCGACUGAGAUGGGCGACUCCUGAAGCUGUUGACGAAGAGUCCAUGGGUACUGGGAUGCGCAAGUGCUGGACACUUGCUAAGGAUCAAGACUAA